AUGUCUGACUUCACAUCCAGUGUUCAAUGGCAAUUCAAGCAAUUUGAUAGACAAUUACAAAAAAAUAACUUUCUAAACGCACUAGAAUCAAGAACAAAUGUUCCAAAAUCUUAUCUAGUCUCUGGAUUUACUUUUGUUUAUCUCUUAUUGACAUUUUUGAAUGUCGGAGGAAUUGGACAGAUUUUAUCCAAUUUUGUAGGGUUUGUACUACCAACUGUCCAUUCUAUCAAUGCUAUUAAGACGAAGACAAAAGAUGACGAUACUAAAUUACUAGCUUACUGGAUCAUAUUCUCAUUCCUGAAUGUUAUCGAAUUCUGGUCAAGUGCAAUCUUAUACCUGAUUCCAUUUUAUUAUUUUAUUAAGAUAGUUUUCUUAGUGUAUAUCGGUACUCCAUCCACAGGCGGUGCUGUUUUGUUAUGGAACAAAUUCAUCGAACCAGUUUAUGAUCGCUCAAUUGGCCACUUCAUGCAAACCAACGAUAUCAGAAGUGCUGUCGACAAUGCCGAAGAAGCAAUGGCUACCGGCGCUUCUAGACACAUUCAUAAAAACUAA